AUGGACCUAAUUCAAGAAGCGAUUGCAGAAAUCGAAUCGCGAGAACUAGGAGAUAAAUUCUCGUAUCAAGCAAUCGCGAAAAAGCAUGGUGUAGCACGAAUGACGUUGAUGAGACGACACCGCGGCGAAACUGAGGCCUAUGGCGUGCGCAACCUCUCCCUCCAUCCACAACACGAGAAGGAGCUUGUACGAUACAUCGAUACGCUUACCAAACGACAAAGCCAGUUUCAGAAAGCUAGGUUGACCAGUUCAUCCGCCAGCACCCCAACCAUCUCAUCUCUGCCCACAGCAAGGGGAUGA